AUGUUUGUGCGACUCCGUAUACUACUAUGGAGGGCGGAGAAGAAGUUACCGCGGCGCUUCCGUGACGUCCCUGAUGAGUUUACGGAUCUGCGCACCUCUAACUGCCGUCCGAUGCUCUUCACGCCAAAGAGGCCCGAACCGCUACGUGACCUACGCAAGUUGGAUGAGAUUAUUAUUGAUGACGACGCCUUAUACUCGGACAACUACGCUGGAUUCAGAGCCGAUCCUUCACAGCAGCCUGUUGCAGUGUUAGACCCCGAACGGAUGGGGUUGCCACCGCAGCUCGUGUCUUACUUGCAGGGUCAUCUCACAGAGCCCUCAUCUCACCUUACCUCUGGCAACCACCCACACCAAUUUAGGGGUCUCACCAUGGUACAGGCCCGAAUCUUGCAGCACAUGUACGCAAGCCAGGAUGUCGCCGUCUGCUCUCCGACAGGCACCGGGAAAACCUUCGCUCUUUGUCUUGGCGUCAUCGCGCGACUCAUGCGAAGCGGGCCCAUGAAGCUAUUCUCUAUUCUUAUUCUUGUCAGCAACGAUAGUCUUUGCCUUCAGGUAGAGAGGUGGCUAAAAGCAAUGUGGUGGUACCCGAACGACGACCGCCUAGUGCUGGCGGCCACGCUAGAUUUAUCACCGAAUAUGGUGUACGGACGUUUAACUAGGGAGUGCGUUCGGGAUGCUGCACAUCCGGAGCGUAUCAUUGGUGCCAUUGACCAACGACCUUACAUCGUUGUGUCGACACCGAAGGUCUUCUGGACUUUUUACGAGAGGAGGUGUGCUGCUAUCUUUAAUCGCGAACGCCGCCGUGGCAAACGAAGCCACUCAUUCUCCCUCACUCCCGUUAUUCCUACCCUAGACUUGAUUGUUGUGGAUGAAGUGGAUGAAGUAAUGCCUUCGACCGACUUGAAGGCACCUGGGAAUGCACUUCUGAAGGAGCUUUUUCGUCAUGUUAAGUAUCAAGCACCCGUUCAGAUGAUAUUCACAAGCGCCACACUUGCAGGAUCGACUGUGAACCACAUUCGUCGCUUUAUGAAGAAAGACUUGCUAGCCGACAGGUCUUCGCGCCUUUUUGAGUCUGAGCAGACUCAUCAGCAGCGGAUGAGGGAUAUCACUGGGAUUAUCUCUCGUGCAGCUGUACCAGAGAACAUUUCACACCUUUUCUAUAUCGCCGAUAGCUUGGCAGAGCAGACGGAGUGCAUUAUAGGGGCAAUGCGGCGGUCCUGCAUAGGUUCUGACUUGCUGCAGGACGCAGCUGACAGCGAGGAAAGGUUGAAGUCAGAUACCGCUGUCAGCCACAUCCUCUUUAUCAUACCAGACACCGCUGAUGUUGAGCAAUUCGUGAAAAUGGUUCUAGUGCCCAGCCAAGAAGGGUUUCAAGCAGGAGAAAGGAGCCAGGAUGCAGUUCCUGAUGAACACCCCAUGCCAACCUAUACCAUCAAUUUGUUGGAUCAUGAGCGUAAGGCCCGACAGCGGCUUCGACGCAAGGAGGAGACCGAAAAAUUUCUCUCCAGAACGCGGCGUUUGAGGUCCGAACAGCUCGACAGCUCGGCGCGCGAAGAAGCCCUGUUUUAUGAUGCUAACCCUCAUGAGCAAAGUGGCACAGCUUUUCACCACGAGAGCCACGACGGUGCCCCCUUACCAAGCGGAGUCGACGCCAAGCGUGUUCUUCGAGAGACCGGCAACCCCGAGACGCCACCGGCGGCGACGCCCUCGCGUCCGAAUCCGAGUCCAGACUUCUCCUCCAGGGAGGUGGCGCCCCCCCCUUCUCGUCCCACCCGCCACUGCUACGUCGCCGGCUGCUCCAACGUUCGCGGGCUCGACCUGCCGUCCCUCACGCACGUGUUCAUCCUCGCGCAGCCGCGGUCGGGUCUGGAGUACGCGCACUGGUGUGGGCGUGUGGGCCGCUUUGGGCGGCCUGGUGUAUCUGUGACACUGAUGUCACGUGGGGCGACGCGCAUGAUGGGACGCUUCUGCGACGCGUUGGGGCUGCCUUUUAGGGUGGAAAAGCGCCUGGCGGAGAUCGACGUAGACGCGGGGCGGCGGAUGCACGCAUGGGAGACGGAGGAACCGCCGCAGCGGUAG